AUGGUGACGAAGCGAAGAUGUUUGAUGGUUUUCGACGGACCAAAGCUGUUGUGCCGUGAUGAGAUGAUGAUGAGCACCGAGUGGGAAGUCAGAGCGCCCCUCGGCGGAGACUCGUAUGUCUCCGACCUUGACUUCUGGACUAUGAGGCGCGCCGAGGCCUUUUUGGACGCGGCGCCCAGCAAGACUGCGCAGUCCACAUCAAGUGGGAUUGUGGGAGAAGCGAGAUAA